ACGUUUAGUAACCAUUCCCCAGCCCUCUUGACAGGCCGACAUCCGUUGCCCGGUUCCACAUGUUGCACAUCGCUGCUUGCUAUUGACAUCCUUCCUCCCUUUUUCCUCUAUUUGUUGUUAACCAUUCAGUCCAACUUCUUCCUUCUUUCACAACUUGAACACUGUCUACGCUCCUAUAAUCCAAAUCACAUUUCCUGUAUUCUCCUCCCUCUUUUCACCAUGGUUGGAUUCACAAUGACAAUGCGCGAAGGCGCAGAACUUGUGGGCGAGCAUGGGUACCGGUACCUACUGGUCAAACCCCUUGGUCAAUCCAAUGUGUGGGUUGCCGUAGACGCAGCAACCCAAGAGAAGAUAUUUAUCGUCAAGCAGCCGAGCGAUGAUGACGUCGGCUACGGCUGGCCACGCUUCCAGCACGAGAUGGUCAUGCAUGAGCUUCUCAAGGGUAUCCCGACCAUUCGACAACAAGUCGACCGCAUUCCACCCAUGUCCAGGUCCGAUCCGCCACGCAUUGUUCUCGAGAUUCUGCAGUCCACAUUGUGGGAUGCACGAAGGAAGCGCCAGUUCACCGACGUGGAGAUCAAGGGCAUCAUGCGCUCAGCGCUUCUGGGCCUACGGGACGUGCACCAACGGGAUUUGGUAUAUGCAGAUUUGAAAAUGCAGAACAUACUACUCAGCGGAUUCGAGGAACAGCCCAACGAAAGAGCAGUUGUAGGCGACAACAAGAUUACAACCAAACUGGGUGACCUGGGUAUCGUCAUGGAGCCAGCAAAGGGCCUGGUUCAACCAAUCAUAUACAGAGCCCCAGAAGUCUAUUUCAGAAACGAAAUCAGCCCGGCCGCAGACAUUUGGUCAUGGGGGCUGAUAUACUGUCAGCUCUUGGAAGCUCAAGCCGCCUUCAACAAGUAUGGAAUAUACGACGAGCUUCUCAUAGGCAAUCAAGGCCAAAAGGAAAGAUCAGUUGAGCGAGCCAUUGCCCACGACUUUGGCCUGGGAACACUAGACUAUUAUGAUGGAUGCCGCCUUCCCUACCGCGACAGCACACACUACGAAGGCCAGCAAUGGGACAAGAUUGUGGAAAAAGGCGUCCCAGAAAAAGAAGUUCAGUUCCUCAAAUGGGUCCUGAACCCUGUACCAACUGACAGACCAAGCGCCCAAGACAUCCUCAACUCCGGCUGGUUCACAACCGAUGACCAAGCAACCGGCCGCAUUGCCGAGACACUCAAAACCCGCGUUGAAGAAUCCCGCCGCAAGCACCUCCUUCGCAAGCACAGCGAACCUGUUUUGUCAAACAUGUCUGUUCAGCAGCAACAGCAGCACCAGCCUGUCAAGAACACCCAAGUUCCUCUGAAUGUUGCCCCUUCGACGACGCCCAUGCAGCAGCCAGUCGCCUUUGAACCAAUGUCUUUUCAGCCUUUUGAGACGUCGCAGUAUUAUACUCGGCCCGCGGCGUCGAGGUCUAGCACACAACGUCCCGCUGGUGGCACGUUUAUGAAUUAUGGGUCUUUUAUGAGAUGAUGUUGUAUGAAAUGGAGUGUUUUUUUUGUUGUUGUUGUUGUCGUUGUUGUAAAAGAAAAAUAAACAAGUCAAACAAAUCUAAUCAUGUUCUGAGUGUAUGUGGUACUACAUCACACGUAUUCGAAGCUUCUCUU